AAUAUGAAAAAUAUACCUACCUGCAUAAUAAAUUAUGAAGGUAACUACAACUUAUUUAGUUUUCGCAUUGUCUACAUUAUGUGUUACAUGAAAAUACAACCAAUUAUUUAUUCUGAUACGGUAGUUAAAAAAUAUCUAAAUAAUAAUUUAAUAACUAAGCACCUUAGUUAUUAUCAAAGAUAACUAAUUGAAAAAAAAAAAUGAAUUGGAAAACGACUUUAUACGCAAGUGGAUCAUUAUUAUGUGGCAUCGCGUUAAAAGUAUUAAAAGAUAAUUUGUUUAAACAUAAUGCAAGUAAUUGCGGUAUUAACGAAGUGUUACUUUAUGGCGCUGAUAAUGAAGAACGGGUGAAGAAAAUUGGUUUGGAUAAUCUCUUCUGCAUAUACUACAUGAUAGCUCGCGCCAGUGACUCGAUAGACGUUUGCAUACCAAGUCUGCAAAGCGAAUUAAUUGUUAAGUGCUUCAUCUCUGCACAGCAAAGGAACAAACCAAAAAUUAGAAUUACCAUACACGACAAUGACAGCUUUUGUAAUUUGAAAUCUGUCGCCGAGAAUGGAAUCGAGGUAAAGUUUAUUAAGUCAUCAGAACGCCUAGAACACGAAUUUAUAUUGAUAAAUGCUACGGGGCCUUUUAAAGAGGCUGUGGCAAUUAUAGGCUCCCUGGAUUACGACACCUCUAGAGUCAAUUGUAACAGCGACGCGACAAUAAUCACCUCUGAACUUGCUGUGGUAAAAACUUUAAAGAGAGAAUUCGACAGAGUGUGGAAUAUCACUAAUAUUUCAGGGGUAACGUUGGCCAAAAAUUAACUCAAAUGUAAUUGAUUUAUUUAUUUAGUUCAUUUAGUUGUCAUUAGUAAUAUAAUUGUGGAAUUAGAAAUAAAAGUUUAUAAUUAA